GCCACGUGGACGUGCUCAAGGUGAAGAUCGUCUCCGACUAUUUGCGCGCGCAGGAGCUGUGCGCCGACGCGCGGAAGCGGAAGCAGGAGGAGUGGUUGUCCGCCUUCGACCGCUGCGACGAGUCGCUGCAGAUGGACCUCAAGCGCGCGGCGGAGCACAUCGCCAUGGACGUGUAUCGCGCCACCGACGCGCCAGGCGCCUCUGAGGCGGACAGCCGCCGCCGCGCCGAGGAGAUAGCGCUGAGCGAGUUCGGCAGCGCGGCGCGGUGGACGCCGGGCACGACCGAGGCGUGGCUAGACUACACCGAGGACGGGCCGUGGGAGAUCGCGCGCUUUCUGCAGAAGCGUCUCGCGCGGCGAGCGCGCGAGAGCAGAGAGAGCGCCGCCGCCGCCGCCGGUGGCAUGCCCAGCGCUCCGGCGGGGACGCCGGUCGCGGCGUUGCGCAUGCAGCGAUCGUUCACCCCGAGCGCCGGCUCCGACCUGCCCACGCCCGCCUCGACGGCCACGCUGACGCCCGAGCCCAUGGAUUGAUGAGCGGCCGAACACACUCGAACACACACAUGAGCGUGCAAGUCACGAGAGGGGAAAUCACCCCUAAUGAGCGGCCGACACACGUGUGUACGCGCCUCGUGCUCUCUUUUUGUGUCUUGAGUCUUGUACGUUGUAGCCCGCGCGCGUCUGCGCUCUGCCGUCUCUCGCGGUGUCUAGUGUCUUUCGUCGUUGUGCCGCUACAACAAUGGUUGACGUAAGAUAUAUCUCAAAGAGUACUAAGUA